AUGCCAAUAGUUGUUUAUUUCGAUAGUCAAGGCGAUUGGCUUGCUGCCUGUUAUGCUGGUUUAACAGUCCUACUCGUUUAUAUGCAAUACGAGCAUAUCUCUAUUUUGGAAAAAUCUCAGAAAUCAGUUUUCAUGUUGCAGAUGCCAAAUGUAACAUCAGUUCAAUCACAUCUAUAUUGUGGUAUAUCAUAUGUUCAUUGUCACUGCUCUAUUGUUUCAGUGGAACACUGUCUCACUGAUGAGCAGCUUAAGAUCGGUCGAAUCUUACCAUUGGCUUUAUUUGUAUUACAGGUUGUUCAAAUAAUCAAAUACAAAAUUUAUUCAAAUAAUAUCAAAUCUGAAAAAAUUAUUUCAUAUAAAGAUAAUCUUGGUGGUAUAACACAUCAUAGUCAUGCAUUAUCAACUGUUAUUCUUUCUAUAACACGUUAUGGUUGUUUAAUAGUAUUUGAUUAUAUCAAUAAUAUCGUAAAACAACUUUGUAUCAAAAGAUUACAUCAAAUGUCAAUACGUGUUUGUAAAAUUAAUUUAAAUUCAUUAUUUGUAUUUACUGGUAGUGAUGAUUGUAUGAUAAAAAUAACAAAUAUAUUAAAUGGGAUAUGUUUAUAUACUUUGCAUAAUCAUCAAGCUCCUAUCAAUACUCUUGCUAUUGAUCCUUGUUCUGGUUAUCCACUUGCUUAUGUUCAACAUAUUAUUGUCCAAUGCUCAUCAUCAACAUCACGUUUAUCAUGUCUUUUAAAAGCAUGA